AUGCCCCGCACCCUCCACGCCACCCUGGCCGUGCUCUACUCCGCCACGGCCGAAGUACACACGCCCCGCGCGACGCGCGGCAGUAUCCCCGGCGCGUCGAGCGCCGAGUUCCAGCUUGCCGGCGACCAAGUGGCCGGGACAUGUGUGAACCACUAUGCGAACACGGAGUUUGCUGGCAUAGGCGUUUUCAGCGGCGCGAUCGCGGAUCGCACCGGCGAGAUCAGCUACGCCGUCACCGGCAACUGCGCGCACGACGUCGUGACGGCCGACUGGCGCUUCCUGCCGGCCACAGCGAGCGGCGGGCUGGUAGGCAUGAACGGGUCGGCGCGGUAUGUUGCCCGCUUGAAGGGCGGCACUGGGGGGAUCACGCUCGUGCCUGAUGUCGACGGUGUGUGA